GUCCAUUUGUCCUACACCACUGAAUUGGAGUUGCAAACAUUACUAUUACACUAUUUCAACAAUGAUGAAGAGCCUAAAACAAGUGAAGAGAACAAAAACCUACCGUCUUGAAAAAACUUGUUCAGAAAUGGAACAAUACCAAUUCACAGACCCUAGUGAGCAAUAUUCCACAGCAACAGCCACAAGUAGUUUUGUGGCAAAAAAUUCCCCUCCAAAGGUGGAGUUUCCCACUUCACCAGAACUCCUAUUUGGGGAAGAAAUUCUUCACUUCAGCCACCCACAGCACCCUCUCUCAAAGGUGGAUCUGCCUGACCUAUUCAACUGUGCAGGCUGCAAAGAGUAUGGCUCUGGAAAGAGGUUUGUUUGCCAACAAUGUGAUUUUCAGAUGCAUGACUUCUGUGCCUUGGCUCCUCCUGCUCUCAAGGCCCACCCCCUCCACUCUCAACACUCUCUCUUGUUCCACUCCAAACCUGGCAAGAGUGGGAUGGGGACGAAGUCGAAAUGCGACGUGUGCGGGAAGCCGACGAAGGGGUUCGCCUUCCUGUGCACGGCAUGCGCAUUUCACAUGCACCCAUGCUGCGCCAUGCUCACCACAGAAAUGGAGUACCCACGCCACCCACACACCCUCAGGCUCAUGCCAACGCCGUCCAACGCCCCAGACCCCGCCUCCUUCACCUGCGCCGAGUGCAAGCGGAGAAGGUCCGGCAAGGUCUACCGUUGCACCGUCUGCGACUACCAUCUCCACGCCCUCUGCGCCAAGGCCAAGAUCAACGGCCUCCUCGCCAACGGCAUCUCCCUCCCCGACAAGCCCAGCGUCCUCUCCUCCGCCGCCAGGGUCGCCUCCCAGGUCGUCAUCGAGUUCAUUGGCGGCCUCGUCGAGGGCAUCGGCGAGAGCGUCGGAGAUGUCCUCGUCCAAAACAUUGCCAAAGGACGACCAGGAGGAGGACCUCCUCCUCCCACUACUAGUACUACUAUUCUUCCAUCCACUGCUAAUCCUAAACCCCGAUACAAAUAAUCAUUCUCCACUCUAUGUAGAUAUUUAUAUAUAAAAACAAUAAUUGUAUAUCAUUGAUUGCUGCAACCAUUUUAUGUUGUAUCAUUAGUGUUUCCUAUCUAAUUCUGUUUUUCUUGUCGAUUGAAUUCAACUCUUAUAUGUGUGUAAAUUGUAAAAUUCAUAUAUAUAUAUAUAUAAAUGUUCUACCAAGUUUGAGAUCAA